GUAGUGUACUUGUUUCCUUAUUGCCACGUGAAUUCCUCCUUUCAUACGGGAAAAGUUUCAUCGUUAUUAUGCCAGUUGAUACUCAAUAAAUAAAAAGUUCGAUUACAUCGUUGGAAGUUUUGGUUCAAUGGAAAUGGAAAUGAACGGAGCAAAUUUCAGUAUGCCUUCAGAUUACCAUAGUAUAGAUGAAUUAGAUUCAGAAGCUCUAGAAGAUUUAGAAAUUGCUUUGUAUGGGAUGCUUCAUCAUGCAUCAAAUGAAGAAGAAUGUUGCCUUAAUCCCACAAAUUACACAAACAAUUCUUUACAUACACAAGCUGCUGUGCCUGAUGAUGGUAGGAACUAUCCCAAAUCUGAAGAAGGCCACAGUAGUCCAGAAAGUCAAAAUGAAGAGCAGUCAAAGCCAGCCAAUUUUGUAUGUAUUCCACCAGUAAGUUUACUAUCCAAUAUAGGUUAUGAACAAUCAAAAAAGCAUUUAGAAUGCAUGGAGAAAACAAAAGUGACAAGCCGAAAUAAAACACAAGAUUUCUUAAGGAAUAUAAAUCCUAAAGAACAACCUUUAACUUCCUUUAAGAAAAGGAAUCCAUUUUCUCAAAGGUUGAUAAUAGAAGAAAGCUGUAGGCCAAGUCAAUUGAAAAGAAAACCGUUUGAGGUCAUUACUCUUUCGGAUGACGAAGAUUCAAAAUAUGUCUCCAUCGACAAAUCUUCCAAACAUAAUGACACAAAAAGAGUUUUUCCUUUACCAUUAGGCAUUGAAAGAGGACCACAAAUUGCUUCAAUCUCCUUACCUGUUGAUUCCAGUGCAUCAUCAGCUGAAGGCAGUGAAUCUGACAGUUCUGUUACAGUGCUUAACCCCCUUCCAGGCCCUUCAUGUAUGUAUGUGGAUUCAUCCCCAGAUUUAUCACCAAGCUCAACAACAGAUUCAUCUGACUCUGAAAUUGAAGUCAUGAAACUACCCAAAAUUGGCUAUGAUAAAGUUGAUAUUAAGUUGAAUGUCAAUUCACCUAAUACUGGAAGCACUCUAGACACUUGCAUCAAUUCAUCUAGCUCUGGUUUGAAUUGGCAAAAGUAUUCUAGUGAAAAAUGGACACCAGAAAUGAUAAAGUUCUACGAUAGAGAUGGGUCUGAUAGAGAUUUGGAAGCAAUCUUAAAAUCUCUUCCGAAAAACGUCAAGUGGCAUUUGGAUAUCGAAGAUCGUCGUGGAAGCGACUUGCAGAGAAAUCGUUACUUUGGAAAGAGUGCCAAAACGCGAUGCACUAACUGUAGUCAGUGGGAUCAUCUCACUAAGGACUGCAGAGAUCCUAGGAAAAUCAUUAGUUGUGGUAUAUGCGGCUUGCUUGGACACAAGCAAUUUGCAUGUCCAAAUAAAAUGUGUUUGGGUUGUGGCCGGCCAAGCAAAAUUCUUGUUGAGUGCUGUCCUGAAUGUCGUCGAGAGCAAAAUAUUAUUUGUAUGAUCUGUCGUUCUAAGCAUGUCACUCAGCGCUGCCCCGAUCUGUGGAGGCGCUACCAUUCAACAAUCUCGAAUCAAUCUGAAGAACCAAAUAACACAGGAAACGUUUUAAAGCCUAGCAAUCAGUUGUUCUGCUGUAAUUGCGCAGGUCGUGGUCACCUAGUCCACGAUUGUCCCGAAAAACGCUGGAGCAAGUAUCUACCUGCCUACCCUACCAUUUUCUCUUAUACGAAUCCACGACAAUUCCUUAAUAGCGUCACCAGUGAUGGCAAAUCUUCCAUUUCGAUUAGUGAAGAUCGCAAGGAAAUUUGGGUCGUUGGGAACAAUAUGCAAUCCCAGUCCCCUAGAAAAGGGGGACGCCAAACUUAUACCUUGCCACUUGAUCGUCAACCGAGCGAAGGUGCAUUGCAAGCAGCAAGAAACACAAUCUUUCGUGAACUGAAACAUAUAGAAAUAUUUUGGCGGAAGCAACCAAAGAAAGGUCGGAUGAUAGUUGAGUUUUCAGGGAACGGGGACACCAAGGAAGCAAAAAAUAGAUUCAAAAAGCUGAUCACCUUUCAAAAAAAGGCUGAAUCAAGAAAAAACCCUGCAAAAGAAGAGCCAAAUUCCCAAAUUUCUAAUAAUGUACUGAAAGAGAAAAUUUUCGUUGCUCCCAAAGUUGUACCUUGCGCUGUAUCUUACGUUGAUAUCAACCACCUUAGCCGCGACGGCAAACGCAUGCACCGUCGCGUCCGGGUCAGUUUGAAUGAAAAAGAGAAGCGUAAUGCAGGAAAGUUGUUGGCAAAGCUAGAAUUCAAAAACCGUGUUCAGAUCACAUCGUGUCAAGUGGGGAACAAAUGGGAGGUUACAGUACACAAACUCCCCAAUGGCAACCCUCUUUCUGCCGUUAACUCUAUCGUCAGUUAUUUGGAUGCAGCGUCUGCUAGGCCUGGGGUUGUGUAAUCGUUGUACUCAGACAACAUUUACUAGGAUUUGCAUGAAGAAAUACUAUCUUCAGGCUGACAAUUGAUUUUGGUUGUAAAGGGAAAUACAUUUCAUAAAAUAUUUUGUUUUUAUUCUCCUAGUUCAUUUGUUAAUACAAAUCGAACAACGAA